AUGGAGUGCAACAAAGAAGAGGCAUUACAUGCCAAAGAAAUUGCUUUAAGGAAGCUGAAAGCUAAAGACUUCUUGGGUGCCAAAAGGAUUGCACUUAAAGCUCAAAGGCUCUAUCCAAAGCUUGAGAACUUAUCCCAGUUACUGACUAUCUGUGAAGUGCAUUGUGCGGCAGAGGUGAAGGUCAAUGGAUACAUGGACUGGUAUGGUAUCCUCCAAGUGGAAGCUACAGCUGAUGAAACAAUCAUAAGAAAGGGAUAUGAGAAACUUGCCCUUUUGCUUCACCCUGGCAAAAUUAGUCUUCCUAGUGCUCAAGCUGCUUUCAAUUUGGUUUCAGAAGCUCAUACAAUAUUGUGUGAUCAUGUGAAGCGAUCACGAUAUGACAUCAAAAGACAGUGUGGUUCCCGUGAAAUGUCAAAGGAAACUAUAUGGCCAUCAGAUGAGACCUGUGCAAACAAAAGUGAUGUGGUUAAACACAUACCACCAUCUGAUUGUGUAAAGGUGUUUUGGACCAUAUGCCCGCAUUGCCGGAAGCGAUUUGUGUACCAUCAGAAGAACCUUGUGAUCCGCUGUGAAGACUGCAGUAAAAACUUUUUUGCAUUCAACCUACAAGAAGAGGUUGUUCCCUCAAGGUUCCUUGCUGCUCCAAAUAAUUCUCAAGUUCCAUCUGAAAUAUUUGCAAGUCAGAAACAUGGUGUCCACAAUCCACAGUUCCGGUACAGUAAGCUUUAUCCUACAGGGGGGAAUGAGCCAAUGAUGCAUGCUAGACAAAGGGAUGAACAUAUGGAGUGGGAUGGCAGGUCUGAUGGUGAUCACGAAGGUAGCUGCUCAGAGACAAGAAGUGGGUUGGUCGAAUGUUUAGCAACAAAUCUAAUUCACUCUCCUGCACCUUCUGUAAUUGAGUGUACAACAAGAAGGAUGAUGCAAGAUCCUGCAGAUCCACACUUUGUUGCCACCCAGAACUUGAGUAGAGAAGAUGCAUCUACAAUGCUAAAUGAUGCAGGGUCCGGCAGUCUUGAGACAUCGGGUAAAAGAAAGCAAGAUGAUGAUGCCAACAACAGCCACAGCAGGGACUCCUAUAACAAGAGGGUAAAGAAGUAUAGUUCACUCUCCGAUGCCGAUUCCGGUGGUGAUAAAAUGCCUAGUGACAAUGUUGCUGACACUGACAGUCAAUCAGCUAAACAUCUCCUCAGCAAAGUGGACAGCCAAGGGGGUGAAAAUGCAACACAUGAAGGCAAUGCUAAUUACAGUGAUGAUAAAAUGUUUAAUGAUAAUAUUGCUGGUAUUGAUAGUCAAUCAGCUGAACAUUGCCCCAGCAAAGUGGACAGCCAAAGGGGUGGAAAUGCAACACAUGAACACAACACUAACCACAGUAAUGAUAAAAUGUUUAAUGGUAGUGUUGCUAGUGCUGACAAUCUAUCAACUGAACAUCUACACAACAAAGUGGGCAUCCAAGGGGAUGGAAAUUCUAUGCUUCUAUGCAAUGUUAAUUCUUGUAAUGAUGAAAUAUGCAAUGGUAAUGUAGCUAGUUCCAGCAAUGAAUCAGCUGAAUAUCUCCCUAGAGAAAUGAACAGUCAAGGGGAUGGUAACACAACAUAUGAUGGCACUGCUAAUUCAGGAGACAUUAAAAUGUUUAAUGAUAGUCUUGCUAGUGCUGGCAAUCAAUCAAUUGAGUAUCUUUCCAGCAAAGUGGAUAUCCAAGGGGAUGGAAAUGCAACACAUGAAGGGAAUGCUAAUUGUGGCAGAGGUAAAAUGUCUAAUGAUAUUGUUGUUGGUUCCAACAAUCAGUCAUCUGAACAUCACAAUAGAGAAGUGGACAGCCAAAGGGAUGGAAAUGCGACACAGAAAUGCAAUGCUAAUUCUGAUACUGUUAGUGAUCAGGGCAAUAUCAAUUCAGAAGCUACUGAUACUGUUGGUGAGAAGAGUUGCUAUUCCAGGUGCCUCUCCAUGCCUGUCCCAAAUAUCUUUGAUUUUGAGAAGUUCAGGGAUGUCACUUGGUUUGAAGUUGGUCAGAUUUGGGCCAUUUAUGAUAACCUUGAUGGCAUGCCAAGAUUCUAUGCUCGAAUAUUGCAGCUUGAUGAUUCAGACUUCAAAGUACAUUUGGCUUGGCUGGAGCAUAAUGCAGCGAAUAAAAAAGAGGAGAAAUGGACAGAUGAAGAACUACCUGUUGCUUGUGGAAAAUUUUGCUUAAGGAAAACAAGAGAUAUAUCACCAGACAAGUCCAUGUUUUCCCAUAUUGUUCAAUGGACGGAAGGUAAAGAAAGAAACUCGUAUGUAAUAUACCCUAUUAAGGGUGAGGUAUGGGCUCUUUACAAGGGUUGGAGCAUGGAAUGGAGCUUAGACGCUGAUAACCAUAGAUCCUAUGAAUAUGAAGUUGUGGAAGUCUUGUCAAAUACGUCAGCCGAUGGUGGUGCCACUGUUAUCCCACUGGUCAGGAUUAAGGGCUUUGUCAGUUUGUUCGCAACAGCUAGGGACAAAUUGUCAUUCACAAUACCAUCAGGUGAGCUACUCAAGUUUUCGCACAGGAUCCCCUUUUAUAGGACAACUGGAAACGAAAAAGUUGGCGUCCCAGGAGGAUUUCUGGAACUUGACACUGCAGCUCUCCCCACUGACCUGAAUGCAGCAUUUCCUUCUGUUACUCUAGAAUCUUACAUGUCUCCUGGCAGUGUGUCAGCUGAUUUGAGAACUGACAGCACGAGUGGUAGAAUGGUUCCUGGAACUGAACAUAUUGGUCUGGAGAAAAAUCACCCUGAAGCACAUUUGCCUAUGGGAAAUCAUAACAAUAUCUCUUCUGAACAAAACAUAUCCUUGCAGAAACGUUCCCAUGGUGCCAUUGAAUUUGGUGAUGGUUGUUCCUCUCAGCACAACUCCCUUUCCCCCAUAACGUUCACAUGUCCUGAAUCGGCUUUCCACAAUUUUGAAGAACUCCGCUCGUGUGCAAAGUUUGAAUGUGGGCAGAUAUGGGCUUUAUACAGUGACGUUGACAAGUUCCCCAAGUUCUAUGGCUGGGUAAGCGAAGUCGAGAUGGAUCCAUUCAGAGUGUACUUGACCUGGCUUGAGGCGUGCCCAAAAGAAGAGCAGGAGGAACAGUUGCUGGAGCAGUGGGCAGCUACCAGCUGUGGUACAUUUCAGGUUCGUAACUUCGACUUGAGGGCCAUGUAUGACACAACUGACGUUUUCUCCCAUGUUGUAAAUGUCAGAAAAACUAGCAAAAAGUGGCAGUUUGAAAUCCGUCCGAAAGUGGGUGAAGUUUGGGCCAUCUACCUGAACUGGUCGCCUGAUUGCUCUCCUUCCAGUAGCCAUCAUGCUGAGUAUGCUAUAGGCGAGAUAAAGAGGUGCACUAAAUCCAGCACGAUGUUUGAGUUUCUGACCAAAGUCGAUGGCUAUGUGGCUGUGUUCAAGCAUGAUGAUCAGAAGAGAGCACUGAAGAUACCAGUGACGGAGAACCUGAGGUUUUCUCAUCAGAUACCCUCGUUCCGUCUCACGGAAGAGAACGGCGGCGAGCUCCGUGGCUUCUACGAGCUGGACCCAGCUGCUGUUCCUGAGGUCUUUCUAUCUGAAUGA